CAAAUUCAAUACGGAAGAAAUGAGAAGAAAGUCUUUGGAGGCAAAAGCUGCCAAUCAAUUGGCCGUGUCUUCGAAACACCGCUUCAUGUGCGGAAAGUUCAUAGUUCGUGGAAUUAAUUUGUUUGGGACAAAUUUUUCUUUCCCCCACUUUUAUGGAAUUCUACUUAAAGACAGAAUUGAAAGGUCUUUCCGAGUUCACUUUUUAUAAGUUUCCACAAAUGUCUAUCACUUGAUAUUUGCAAAAAAGAAGAUUAGCUGUCGUUUGGAUCAACCGUUUUCGUUUCUUGUUUAUCGUAAUUCAUCGUGGAAAAUACACCAAACAAAUUUGAAACGAAAUUUCACAGGAUUUUAUGCGCGUUUUUAGUGUCGGAGUAGACGAAAGGAUAUUGUAUUUUCGCUGUAAAAUUUUCUUUCAAAUCUUCACAAAGACUCUUUGUUUGGGAAGCCUCGGUAAUCGUCAUAUAAUUUUAUAUCAUUCAUCAUUCGGUAUCGGAUUUCGUUGUGGAAGUAGAAAUUUUGAAGUCUUAAGUUUGUUUUGAAAAACACUUUUUCUUUAAUGUGACAUGGAUUUGGGGGACACGAUAUUGGUGGUGAUUUUGCUGUUGCUAUCCGUCGUCACCGUCUUUGGAAAUAUAUUGGUUAUUUUGGCUGUUUUAUUAGACCAUCGCCUUCAGAAUCGCACUAAUUUCCUUAUCACGAACCUGGCUGUGAGUGACUUUUUUCAAGCGUUGUCCUUGCCCCUUCGUGUUGUGGAAAGCUUGAAUACGGGGAGCGAAAGUCUUGUACGUUGCGACAUAGUGAUUGGAAUAACUGUUCUCUUCAAGAGUGCGUCGAAUUUCAACCUGGCUUUGAUAGCCAUAGAUCGCUUUUUUGUCAUUGCUAAACCUUUCUCGUACACCAACAAAAUGAAGUGCUCGUUCUAUAAGCUCAUUGUAGCUGUAACGUGGCUUUUUUCGUUCACAUUAUUCGCGUGCCCAGUCUUUGGAUGGCGUCGUGAGGCCUCUGAUAAUGCUGGAAAAGUUUGCAGGUUUAGUAAAACCCUUACCAACACGUACAUGAUCAUGUAUGCAGCCUUGGUGGAUCUCUUUCCUUUAUUAAUCAUGUCGAUAACUUAUACUUAUAUUCUGCGUGUAACUCGUAAGCAGAUAAGAAAAAUACGCGUAUUAGAGAAGGCUGUGAGGCACGCUGUUAUCAAUCAUGGUUACGAACCUCGUCGUGUGAGUGAUCCGAAUGUUUUGGAGCCAUCUGGAAGCAAGACAAUUCUUUCUCCUGAUGUUGCUGCUAAUGAAGUCUCAGCAGCUCAUGUCAAUACUGGAUUUGUUCUUGUGUCAUCGAGGAAAGCUGAUGGUACAAAUGUCGGCGAUGAAAGGAUGAAUCAUGCUGGGCAGAGUGAUGAUAUUGAUUUAGAAAUGGUAGAAGAUGCACAAAAAGCAGCCAAUGACAAUCAUAGCAUUUCGAAAGCCUCAAAUGAGAACUCGGACUCUUUAACAAAUCUUCAUAUUAUAGCAGAAGAGAAAGUGCAAGAAUGCAAACAGUAUUUUGAAAACGACAGUAUCGGUUAUGAUAAUAGUUAUGAAGCUAAUCCAGAUGAUACUCCAACAUGCAAACAAAAACCAUUGACAAUCACAAUGGACAGCGUCGUUGUAAUACAGACGCAACACGACAGCAUUGAGCUGCCCGUUACAGAUGAAGAUUACGAUGAUCACACGACUUACAUACAACAAAAUCAAAAUAAUGACUGUAGCCAUAGCAAUGUUGACUGUGUCAUGCCUUCAAAUAAACAACAAAAGACAGCACCGGAUCAAACUCGCUGUGACACAAAUUUAUCAAAGUUGUCGAUGACGUAUGUUCUACCAUACGGGAACCUUCAUUAGUUCAAUCAAACAAUGAUUCUGUGGUAAAUCACGUUGAUAAAGCGAAUGACAAAAGAGAAUCAGUUAUUCCUUGUAAUUCAAAUGAAUCUCCAAGAGAAAAAAUAGACUCUGUGAAAACUGAAAAGGAAGUUUCAGAUCGAAAGGGUUCGAUGGGAGAAAUAAUAAAAAUCCCUCGUUUGACUUCCGUACAAGUUACUUCUGUACCGGAAAAACUUAACGCAGAUGCUGA